GAAAAUGACGUAUAGUUUUAUAGGUUAUAGUUGAUCGUAACCUACCAGUAUGUACAAAUUUGAAUAUUAUAAUUUUAUAAAGUGAUUUUAUUAUUUAUUUUUAUCAGUAUGGAUUGUGAGGGUUUAGUGACUAAAGUUGAUUCGUUUUAUGGUUAUUUUGAAGUUGACGAUAAAUACCGAAUAUAUUUGUGCCUAUUGAAAAACAGUAAUGACGAAAUUAAAUUACCACAAUUGCAUUCAAUGUCCGAAUCAAAAAAGUUGCAUAAAUCAUUAAAUACUUUCGUAGCUUGUUCAUCUUCUACUGUAACGAGCAAAUCAAAAAAUAUUACAAAGUCGAAUUAUUUUACGAAUUUAAUUAAAACGAAUAAGUUAGGCGCUGCAGAUGUAUUUAUAAUUGAUCGAGCUUUACGAAUAUUUGAAAAACAUUUCAGUUUUGAAAAUGAUAUAACGGGUAAAAAAGUUUUUAGUAACCUGGUUGAAACGAUUAUCGAAUUGAAUGUGUCACCAGGCGAAAUUCACAAUCGACGUUGUUUGAAUAAAUGUUUAACUAAUUUUUCGAUUUCUUCUAUAAAUUCUUGUAAACAUGUCGAAAUUAAUUCUUCGAAAUACAAUGAUUUUCCCCCUUGGUCAUUUGGAGUACAUAAGAAACCAAAAACUGACAAUUAUCUUUUUGGAUUCGUUUAUGUCGAUCCUCAAUACGGUUUUUUAAUGUUGAAAGAUAAUUUUCACAAGAUCGUCUGUAUUUUUCAUGGUAACGAAGAUAUUGUAGAAAAUUCUUACGUUCUUAUAAAAAAUUAUAAAAUUAUUUCGGAAAUAUAUAAAGAAAAGAAAAUACCCAAUUUAGAAUAUUUAUUAACACAUUCUGAGGAUGUUAUUAUUGUACACAAUAAUAAAAAGCAUUUAGAAAUGUACGGACACGUUCUACCGAAAAAAUUCAAAUACACAAUGGAUUUUAUAAUUAUAAGGAAAAGUACUCUAUGCGUGGGAUACAGCAAAACACCAGAAACGUAUUUGCAAAUAAAAAUAAUAAAGAAAAACGACGAUAAAAUUGAGGACACUAUUUUUAUAACUUUACCUUCUCAAUAUACUAUAAUUGUUUUACAUUUGAAAGAAGGUUUCAAGUACAGACUUCAUCACAAUGAACCUUUGAGAGAAGAAUUGAAUACAGAACUUUAUUCUAUAGAAAAGCUAAAAAAUUUAACGAUUAAUGAAAACGAUGCUUAUUUUGAGGAGUUGGAAAUAUCUGAUAACGAAUUAUGUACACCUGUUUUAAAAAUAAGAGAUUGCAAAGAGUAUUUAUCUAAAAAUUCGAACCUGUUCUCUUUCGAGGGGGUUAUAGAGCAAAGGGGAUUUGUUAAGAACCUUUCUCAAAAAUUACUAAGAACAUCAUUGUAUGGUUUUUCAACACCAGGUAAAGAAACUCACACUUUAAAAUUUGGUUACCAAGAAAAUGGUAACGACUCGAACGUUACUGUAUAUUUAAACGAUUGGAUAAAUAGAUUGAUGCCGUUGGGCUUGAUACCACAAAUGAGGGUGAAAUUGAAACACGUCCAACCCAAAUCUACUUAUAUAAAAUCAACAAUCUUCACUUCAAUAGAAAUUAUGUCUUAUGAUCAAACUGUCGAUUUCCAUACAGUAAAUCUCUUUGAAAAUCACGAGAUUGAUUGGGGACCACCGUAUUUUCUCAGUAAGGGAAAUUAUAUACCUCAAGGUGUGAUAGUUUGGUCAAAAGUUUAUAACUUUCACAUCCUCGAGUUAAAAAUGAGUAAUAGUUGUAAAGAAUGUGAUAUUAUUGUUGAACGUUCUGGUAAAUGCAGUUACUGUGGCCGGAACGAAACUUUAUUUAAAUUUUUCAUGAUAAUGCACGUAAACGAUGUUUUCGGAAUAAGCAGGAUAAUUGUGAAAGAUGCAAAAUUUUUGAGGAUAGUGUUGAAUCUAACAGAAGCACAAUUUUCCGUAUGGUUAGAAGCGUUUAAAAGUAUUGGAGAAUUUUCUUUCAAUAUCCAUGAAAAGAACAUGCAGUUUAGUCAAAUGUUCGAUAUGAAUAAUUUUGAAAAUGUUUUAUCGCAAUACAUCACGACUUUCAACAAUUCAUUGUCGGACAACGUGGAGUUGAAAUGUCGCAAAUUGGUACCGAAAAAGAAUACGAAAAAUGUUUAUCCGAAUUGGUACUACUUGGAUGCUAGAAGAAGUUGACAAUUUUCAUCAAAAAUCCAUAUAUUUUCCUAAUUUUAAUUAUAACAUUGUACUUAAAAA